AUCUGUAAGGCCAAGAAAUUUGGACAAAGCCCUUAUUUAGUGAUGUUCAACACACAAUGACUUGCCAGAAAAACACAUAUUUUAAGAUGAACAGACCAAAAAUAAGGACAUUCUGCGAAAAUCAGACAAUUAAGAGGCACGCAAGGGCUUGGUUUGUCUUUCAGUAAAACUUUAUUUUCACCCCGACAACGGAAGCCUAAUAGCAAAAGCAAAGUGCGUCUGUAAUCUCGCGAGGUGGGUCUUGUCUGCUAGUGGUUUUAGGAUAGAGGGGCAGUAUUGUAGGCUGUUAGCUGAGCUGAAAAAAUGUAUCCAAGCAGGGAAAAACGAGAUGAAGAAUUUGCUAAGGAAACCCUUGCAAAAUGCCUGCUGGCUAAGUGUGAGAUCGAGGCUGCAGUCCUUGACAUCGGCAAGGCUGUGCAACAGGUCAAGGAUAAUGCUGCUGAGGUUAAAGCAGAGAUUCACAGUUGCAUAAGUCGUAACAUGGAGGUUCUGCGGAGUCGGGAAGUUUGGCUGUUAGAACAGAUUGAUCUUCUCCAGCUGCUGAAAGAAGAUGCAAUGCAACAGCAACUGCAGCAGCUUCAGUGGCUGCUGGGACAGCUCGCUUGUCUUAUCCAUCAGCUUCAGCAUCCCCAUGAUGAAAGCCUUGCUAAGCAAGUCACUGCCUGCCUUGAAAGGUUUAGCAACUUAACAUUAAAGCCAGAGGAAUCCUCUGCCUUGAAUUUUGAAGCGGAUGUUUCCACUCUUCGCCGGGCUAUUACCUCAUUUGGCUCCAUCAGAACCAUGGUUCCUGAGCCAGGGUGCAGUACCCCUUGCAUAGUUGAUCUCAGCAGUACAAUCCAGAACUCGUGGCUUUUAAACAGCGGUGCCACUGCUGAACUUGACAAGCCAGUAGCUGGUAGAACACUAGGACAACCAUACACAGAUUGGCUGCUUGGAAAUAAACCAGUUAAUGUGUGCCCAGUUAUGUAUGUGCCUAGCUCCAAUCUCCAAGACUGGUUGCUUAAAAAGGAUAGCAAUGAAUCUUCUCAGGGUUUAAGCAAUGCUAAAUCUUGCAGCUUUAAUUUUGAAAAAGCCUGGGGCCAGCUAAAAGAUCUUGAAAAGUGGCUGCAUCACUCUCGACGCAUGGAAGAGGUUCCUGAAAAAACAAAAAGUUUAAAAAACUGCUCCUUCACGAGCAGUGCUUCUGGCCAUGAAAAGAUGAAGUAUGUGCCCAAGGAUGAAUUUCAGUGGAAAUCUGAAAAGAAGGAAAACCUUUCAGGUUGGCUGUUUACUCCUAACUCCAAACCUGGUGGUAGUAACAUCACCGAAGAGAAGUGGAAAUGUCUGCUAAAGCCUUUCAAAGAGCCCUACACUGUGAGUGAGUGGCUUCAGAAUCCAUCUUGUACCAGUUGCUGUGGUGGUCAGUCAAAAGCUGUUGAGAUAGAAAAUCUGGGGAACCUCAGGUGCCUGACAGAGCACUCGGGAGCAAAGUCCAUCACUGUUCCUAAUCUUGAUACUUGGCUUCACAAGCGCAGUGAUAUACCACUUUGUGUUGAAGAUGUCUGCAAAGCUAAUGAGCCCUGUAGAAAUUUUUCAGAUUGUGUGUGUGAUGAGAGCUGUGAAAAGGAAGCAUUAGAGAAGUGGCUGUUGUGUAAAGAAGGAAAGGAUAAAAAUGGAGUGCCUUUGAAAAAGCUUACACGUGAAGAGAAACAGUCUGUGUCAGACUUGGAGAAGUGGCUUAAUUGCAGCAGCAAUGCACAGCAAAAAGAAAAAAGAUCAGAUUGUCAAAUCUUGAGUCACAUGAAAAUGCUUAGUACCUCUCCCUUGGCAGAUUGGGUUUCACGCACAGAUCAUCCAGUGACCUAUGAGAAUGAGAAAUCCACAAAUAAAGAUUCUGCUUUGCAGAGCACCUCUACAGAUAUUUUAGCCCCGUUUCAUCAACCUUUGAAACUGGAAGAAUGGCUUUCAUCUACAGACAAACGUACAAGUUCAGAAAAAGUAGAACCCUCUCUGGAGGAUAAGUGGCUGCUGCGCAAGAAGGAUCAAUAUGGGUUGGCUAGAACAGUAUGUGAUCUUUUCACAUGUAUGACCCUUAAUGGAAAUGUGGAACAGUGGUUAUACCAGAAACCUUUGCAGUUAUGAAGCAACUUCGAUAAACAGCAAAUUUUUAUCCAAAAUUGAAGAUCUGCAACUUUUGUUAAAGCGCAUCUGAACACACGAUUAUAAUUUGGGAUUUUUCCAUUCUCUUUUGUGAAAUCAAAGGAAAAAGUACCAUCAUCUAAUGAUUUCAAUUUCUCAUGCCCUGUUUAAGCUUUUACUUGCUGCAUUAGUGUACCUUUAAGCAUACAGCAUCUUAUGUUGCAUUGAUUGUAAUCUGAAGUAAGCACUUGAUAAUGUAGUUUUUUCUUCCUGAUUUUUUGAGAUUAUGUAUUGAUAUCCAGUGAGGGCAGUGCUAGUUAAGGCAGGUUUGUAACAUUUUUUCAUGAUCCAUGGGCACUUAAAGGACUUUUCAUUAAGUUCUCAGUUGGAGUUGAAGGUGCUGUGUACAAGUAAUGAAAUUGUUCCCAGCUAACUAGUAUAUUUCAAAAAGACAGUCCAGGGAUCUGCCCUGCCCCCCACCCUACAUACACUCUUGUCUCUUGUAUUAAGCUAUUUAGUGCCAUUGCCACUUAUGUGCUAGAGUCUGAGACACUUUUUUACAUAAUGUCCUGUGAAGUCCACUAAAACCUAGUAUGUCUGGCCCAUAGUUCAUUUUAUGAAUUUUGAGCUGGCUUUUAGUGCCACUGAUUUGUGAAUUUGAGCCAUUGUUGAAAUAGUCCAAUAUUUUCUAAAGUUAAGCUAUCUUGUUACAAGAGCCAUAAUUUGCCCUGAAGGUUUAUAGAGAUGUUAAAUUUGCAGAAUCAGCAAACAUUUUAAUGUUUCAUUAGUUGGACAACCUUGUUUUGACAAGAGGUUUGUUGCUGUUUUUAGUGAAUGUGACUUGACUUAAAUGUUAGCAUGGUUACUGCUGUUUGUUUCAAAUGGAAGAAAAUUUAGCAGUUUCCUUUUUAAAUGAAAUUUUUAAUCUUAUCUUUUCUAAGGUGCAAUAAAGGUGUAGUUCUGUAAAGUACACUAGACUAACUUUUAUUGCUGAUAAAAAAGAAAAAAAAAAUUACUACUGCCGUCAAGAAAACUGCCUGUCUUAUGUCAAAGAAAACUGGCUACUUCAGGAUGCAGCUCACUGAAGUGAACAAAACUCAGUUUAGGGCUCUCAAGAGUAGAGGGUGGGACCUCUUGUUAGCUGCACCUUCUAUUCACAAAGUCCUAAAAUGUAUUCAAAAGAUACAAAAAUGGAGUCCUGGUUUUCCAUAGACUAAGGUUUGGCUGUAGGCCUUAAUGCUCAAUAAUGGGACCAGACAUGAUAUCUUAAGACCCUUUGCAGGUUUAUCAUGCCUUGUGGAGAAAGAGAUAUUUAUAUUAAAGCUAACUAGAACUUAAAACACGUCAUUAAAGAUCAGGUUGGUCAGGGAACUUCAUUAGGUGGAUGAACUUGCCACAAGCUUGCAUUAAUACGAGUUGAACAUUUUGCCGUUGAAACCAGGUUUUUGAAACACAGCAAAGACUUCUGUCCCAAACAGUUUUCAUAGUUUACACUAUGCAAAUGUUUCUGUAUUAGGUGCCAUGUAUUCUUUGUAGGCUGCUGCUAAUAAGUCUCUCAUUAGUCAAGGUGAACAGCUGACCUAAUUAAUGGGAAUAGUACAGUGCAGAGAAAUGUACUUUUAUUUUUUUAUUUUAAGGGAAGAGACGAUUGGAAAUUCAGUCAUAGAAAUGUUUGCACAGCGUGGUUACUGUCUUUCACAUUGUUCAGAAUAUCAGCCUAGGUUUAUUUGCUUUGUACUCCCAAAUUAUUAAAUGUUACCUGUUAAAGUUUAGAAUAGGAGGAUGAAAUAAAUAAAAUGCAUAGUAUAUUCAUCAGGGUUGCAUUUGUACGAGACGGACUUGGCCUGCUUGCUUGGUUCGAAUAUUGACAUAAUGUUUUUCCCGGCCUUUGCAGUAAUUCAUUUGAGAGCUGCAAGUGUUGAUAAAUUUGGGACUUUUUGUGAUUUAGUACUGUACCACUCUACACCCACUCAGUAGUUUUACAUACAAUACAGAGUGAUGAUCUAGAGCCUGUGAACUGGUAAAACCUUUUUCUUUUGUGUAUUUUGGAUAGUGACUGUCAGAAUAUAAUUUAGUAAUUUAUGUACCUUACAAAGCUAAUGAAAUUUUUUUCUGUUGCAUGCAGUUCAUGUAUAACCACAGUAUGUGAAUAGGUUCAGUACAGUGUCCCCUUUAUUAAAAGAAAACUGUUUCGGUUACACUUGUAUCUUGUGGUAAAAUGUCACAAACAAACUCAAAUUCAGAACAUGUGGGGCUUGUAAAUUGUGCAAGAGUUACCAGAGCCUUACCACUUCCCUAUUUGUUUGCAUGUUUUUGGAAGCCAGAUGUGUUCUACUCAUGCAUACAUAUUCUUCUAGCUAGAAUUAUGGAAUUUUGCAUAUUCCACACCGGGGAUGUGGAGGUGCACAUGUUUUCAUCUGUAACCUACUGAUAUUUGUCAGAGCAUCACCCCAGUAGGGCUAUGUCUUUCAGUGCCAAGGGUGGUUUUUUGUAAGGUACUGUGUUGGCAAAUUCUAAGCACUUUGAGUUUUACAGCUCUCUUUUUAUGAUCAGUACUAUGUGGCAUUUGAAGUGGGGAAAUAUGACCUAAUGCAGAUUUUGUAUGUCUGUUGAAAAUUUUACACUCCCAUUGCUGUUUCUUUUUAAUCUGGGCAUCCAAAAUUCUACUUUCUUAUUUGGAAGUAGUUGUGCUCAUCUAAUAAGCUAAUAAAACUCUCAAAAUUGUUAA